AUGGCAUCCACUAACGAAGUUGGACUUCCAUCAGAUCGCGUUCGAAAUAAAUUAUCAAGCGAUUUGGAAGAUCUACAUUGUUCAAUAUGUCGUAAUAUUUUAUGGAAACCAGUCGCUUGUCAAAGAUGCGAAACUCCCUAUUGUUCAGCAUGCAUUAAAAAGUGGCUGCGUGAAGGUAGAAAUCAAUGUCCAGUAGGAUGCCAACCAUUUGCCGAAAGAACAUGUCCUCCGUCUAUUGUUAAACAAUUAUCCAGGUUACAAAUUGCCUGCGUUUAUGAAUCAAAUAACUGUCGUGAGAUUCUUCCAUGCGAAGCACUCGAAAAACAUGAGACAGAAUGUGGUUUUAAACCGCAAACAUGUCCUGGCUGUCAUUCAUCAUUUGCUAAAAAGAGUAUCGAGAAACAUAAAUCUCAGUGUCCGCUGAUUGAAAUAACAUGUGCAGAUUGCAAAAUUGUCUACAACCAAGGUGAUGCAACUCGAAGUCAUACCGAUAUGAAAUGUCUUAAAGAACAAUUUCAACAGUUUCGGCAUCAAAGACAAGAAGAAAAUAAACAAUCAAAAGAAGAAAUUAAACGACCAUUACGAGCUAGUUCCACUGCUAUUCAUCCGAAUGCAACAUGGUCAACGAAUGGUAUCACUGUUAUUGGAGGAAAUCGAUCUGCCAGUAAAAUCAAUCAACUCUAUGCCCCACAUGGUUUGUACAUUGACGACGAUCAGACGAUUUAUGUCGCUGAUCACUGGAAUCAUCGUAUUGUGCAACGGAAACCUGGUGCAAUGAAUGGCACAGUAGUUGCUGCUGGAAAUGGAAACGGGAAUGGAAUCAAUCAAUUAAACUCCCCACGAGAUGUGAUUGUCGACAAAGAGAGCGACAGUCUCAUCAUCAGCGAUUACAGGAAUAAAAGAGUAGUUCGAUGGCCUCGUCGAAAUGGUACUCGUGGAGAAACAAUUAUUUCCAAUAUCGCUUGCACUGGUUUGUCAAUGGACGACAAUGGUUCUCUCUAUGUCGUUGACUGGGAAAAACAUGAAGUGAGACGAUAUAAAAUUGGUGAUACUCAAGGAACAGUGGUUGCAGGUGGCAAUGGAGCAGGAAAUCGUCUCGAUCAACUCUCUUGUCCCCAAUACGUAUUUGUCGAUCGAGAUCAUUCAGUUUAUGUGUCCGAUUAUGGAAAUCAUCGUGUAAUGAAAUGGGAACAAGGUGCAAAACAAGGCAUUGUCGUAGCUGGUGGUCAAGGACAAGGAAGCAGUCUUACACAAUUGCAUUCUCCUUAUGGAGUCGUUGUCGAUCAAUUGGGUACUGUCUAUGUGACUGAUCAUGGAAAUCAUCGAAUCAUGCGUUGGCCAAAAGGAGCCACACAAGGAACUGUCAUUAUUGGUGGAAAUGGUGGAGGAGCACAGCCGAAUCAAGUCAAUGGUCCCGUAGGUUUAUCAUUCGAUCGACAUGGUAAUCUCUAUGUCGUCGAAUUCGCAAAUAAUCGAGUACAAAAAUUUGAAAUCGCAUAA